UCUAGCCGAGUUAGUCGUCUUGAAAAUUUUAAUAAAGUCGGUCGGUGUCGCUCUGUGUUGUGCGGGUGGUAAUUUUCUGUGUGCUUGUGUGUGUGUGUAAUUGGGAAAAAUGCAAAGAUAUAGAUAACUUACAAGCUGCAGUUCAAAUACACAACAGAAUACAAUAAAUCGGUAUCACUUUUCGUCGUUGAAAAUGCGAAAUAUGUGAGAAAACGGAGCAGUGGACGAGACGCAGACGCAGCGAAAAGACGUAACGGGCAGACAAAGUGCAUUUUUUAGGGCGUGUUUUGUAGCCAGCCAGAGCCGCCCCCCCUUCUGCUUCAACACCCCCCCGUCGAAAGGCUGGUGGCAUUGGCCACUCAACAAAUGAGAGAGUGAGAGAGCAAAAAAAGCAAACACAAAAAUUGUUAAUUGUUUUCAUCGCAUACUACAAAAAUUUUGCGUGCAAAAAAAAUUUCGCAACAUCCUUGAAUUUUGUCUACUCUCAAAUUGCAAAAAAAAAGUGGAGUAGCAGCAAAAAAGAAAAGAAAAAAGAGCGUAUCUCGUGAAAGAAAGAAAAGAGACGACGACGACGACGCACGAAAGAAAAUGUGUAGAGCAGCGAAUUAAAAUAAAGCAAACGCGAAUGCGAUAAAUUGCAAAAAGAAGAAAAAAAGUGCAUGCAAAUAAAUUAUUUAUCGCUAGCAAUAAAAAAAAAACUGAAAUCAAAUUGUGCAAAUAAGAAAAUAUAUAUAAUCGCAUAGAGUGUAUAAAUUGUUAUUGCUGCGCAAGAGCAGCCAACCCAACCACCCAACUCCAUCUCCAGCUUCUUCUGGUUGCAUGUGAUUGCGACAAUAAUGGGAGCACAGCAGGGCAAGGAGCGCGGCUCGCAUUCGAGUGGUGGCGGCGGCGGUGGUCAUGGCGCCACUGUCAGCUGCAUCGGUGUCUCCAGCAGCAGUCCCAUUGCCUCCGGUUCGCCGCAUUGCAUUGCCUCCAAUACAACAGGCUCCACAUUGCGUGGUUCGCGUCUCAAAUCACAUCAGUCUUCGUCGUCGGCAGCGGUGUCGGUUUCGGGUCACGGCAGCAACAGCAUCGGUUCCAGCGGCUCUAGUGGGUUGUCAUCACAGCGCGGUGGAGGCGGAGGUGGCAACUCUAGUGCCUCCCACAAGGAUAAUCGCUGCAAUGCAACUGUGGGCCUAAACAUAUUUACCGAACACAAUGGUACCAAGCACAGCUCUUUUCGCGGCCAUCCCGGCAAAUAUCACAUGAAUUUAGAAGCACUGCUGCAGUCACGUCCAUUGCCACACAUUCCGGCCGGCAGCACGGCGGCCACGCUGCUCGCCGAUGCCGCCGAGCUCCAGAGCCAAGAGUCCAGCGUGGGCAACGUGCUCGCCUCCCUUGGCGGCGGUCACAGCUCAGCGACAUCGGUGUUCGAGUCGGCGCAUCGUUGGACCUCCAAGGAGAAUCUAUUGGCGCCCGGGCCCGAGGAGGAUGAUCCCCAGUUGUUUGUGGCGCUCUACGACUUUCAGGCAGGUGGCGAGAAUCAGUUGAGCCUGAAGAAGGGCGAACAGGUGCGCAUUUUGAGCUACAACAAGUCGGGUGAAUGGUGCGAGGCGCAUUCGGACUCGGGCAAUGUGGGUUGGGUGCCCUCCAACUAUGUGACGCCGCUCAAUUCGCUGGAGAAGCAUUCGUGGUACCACGGACCCAUCUCACGCAAUGCCGCCGAGUAUUUGCUCAGCUCGGGCAUCAACGGCAGCUUUCUGGUGCGCGAGAGUGAAAGUUCGCCCGGACAGCGCAGCAUUAGUCUGAGAUACGAGGGACGCGUCUAUCACUAUCGCAUAUCGGAGGAUCCGGAUGGCAAAGUGUUUGUCACGCAGGAGGCCAAAUUCAAUACUCUAGCCGAGCUGGUGCAUCAUCACAGCGUGCCACACGAGGGACACGGUCUAAUCACUCCUUUACUCUAUCCGGCGCCCAAGCAAAACAAACCCACAGUCUUUCCAUUGAGUCCCGAGCCAGAUGAGUGGGAAAUCUGUCGCACCGACAUCAUGAUGAAGCACAAACUGGGCGGCGGACAGUACGGUGAGGUGUACGAGGCGGUGUGGAAACGUUACGGCAACACGGUGGCCGUUAAGACGCUCAAGGAGGACACGAUGGCGCUGAAAGAUUUCCUCGAGGAGGCGGCCAUCAUGAAGGAGAUGAAGCACCCGAAUCUGGUGCAGCUAAUCGGUGUGUGCACUCGGGAGCCGCCCUUCUAUAUCAUCACCGAGUUCAUGUCGCACGGCAAUCUGCUCGAUUUUCUGCGCUCCGCUGGACGCGAAACAUUGGAUGCGGUGGCACUGCUUUAUAUGGCCACACAGAUAGCGUCGGGUAUGAGCUAUCUGGAGUCACGCAACUAUAUCCAUCGGGAUCUGGCGGCACGCAAUUGCCUGGUGGGUGACAAUAAACUCGUGAAGGUGGCCGAUUUUGGUUUGGCCCGUCUGAUGCGCGAUGACACGUAUACGGCGCAUGCGGGUGCCAAGUUUCCCAUCAAAUGGACCGCCCCCGAGGGAUUGGCAUACAAUAAGUUUAGCACGAAAUCGGAUGUGUGGGCCUUUGGGGUGCUGCUCUGGGAGAUUGCCACGUAUGGGAUGUCGCCGUAUCCGGGCAUUGAUCUAACCGAUGUGUAUCACAAGCUCGAGAAGGGCUAUCGGAUGGAGAGGCCGCCCGGUUGUCCGCCGGAGGUCUAUGAUCUAAUGCGGCAGUGCUGGCAAUGGGAUGCAGCGGAUCGGCCCACAUUCAAGAGCAUACACCAUGCGCUGGAGCACAUGUUUCAGGAAUCGUCCAUCACCGAAGCGGUCGAGAAACAACUGAAUGCCACAGCGACAGCAGCGACCACAGCGACUGGAGCGACACAGCAAGCGGCGGCUGGCGGCGGCUUAAACACGGCCAGCGCCUCCUCAUCGGCAUCGGCAUCGCUCAGUCUGACGCCGCAAAUGGUGAAGAAGGGCAUGCCCAACCUCGAUCCACAGCAACAGCAGCAGCAGCAACAACAAUUGGCCAGCACGCCCAUGUCAGAAACCGGCUCCAGUUCCACCAAGCUGAGCACCUUCUCCAGCCAGGGCAAAGGCAAUGUGCAAAUGCGUCGCACCACCAACAAACAGGGCAAGCAGGCGCCAGCUCCACCGAAGCGCACCAGCCUGCUCAGCAGCAGCCGGGAUUCAACAUAUCGCGAGGAGGAGGCACGCAACUUUAUCGAUGAGCUCAAUACGAAUGGUAGUAGUAGCAACUUCCACUUCAACUCCAACUCCAACAACAUUUUUAGCCAGACCCUAUGUAGAAAUUUUAAAACCCAAAUUCCAACCCAGACACAACAAAUACGUACACAACAACAACAACAACAACAGAAACAACAAUUACUACAACAACAACAGAAACAACAAACGUAUUCCAUUAAGAAAUCAUCCUCCUGCAGUAGUUUCCUUUACGACAUCCUAUUUCGAGGUCUCACACGGGACAUUAACAAUUUGACACAGCGCUAUGACUCGGAAACGGAUCCGGCGGCUGAUCCCGACACUGAUGCCACCGGCGACAGCCUCGAGCAGAGUUUGACAGUGACGCCGCCCAACAAAAUGCAACAUUCGCUGCAUGGCAGCGUGCCCGGCAUCUCCGCGGGCAUUGGACCGCGUUCCUCGCAGCAACACAGCUCAUUCAAGCGUCCGGUGAUGGGCAACCGUGGACUGGAGACGCGUCAGAGCAAGCGGUCGCAGCAGCAUCCGGCACGCGAACAGCCGCCAGUGGUGGCCAUCAAUGGCAAUGGAGUGGCUCCCGUGCUGCCAGCUCAUCCCAUCACGGUGGGCGCACUGGAGGUGAUGAAUGUGAAGCGUGUGGUGAAUCGAUAUGGCACAUUGCCGAAGGUGGCGCGCAUUGGCGCCUUCCUCGACAGCCUAGAGGACAGCAGCAGCAGCAGUGGCGGCGGUGGCGAUUCCUCCAACGGACAUGCCACACCGCCAGCCCGAGCGCCCCCCGCGGUGCCCGCCUUGCCCACGGCAGCGAACAAGGUGCAGCAACCACAGCAGAUGAUACGCAGCAAUUCGUCGGGUGGCGUGACCAUGCAGAACAAUGCAGCCGCCAGUCUGAAUAAGCUGCAGCGACAUCGCACCACCACCGAGGGCACAAUGAUGACAUUCUCUUCGUUCCGUGCCGCCGGCAGCAGCAAUUCCCCGAAACGCGGUGGCGUCGUCACACAACCGGCGUUGGCUAAUCUGGAGUUUCCACCGCCGCCGCUCGAAGAGUUUGAGGCGUUGCCGCCGCCACCACCGCCGCCAGCGCCCGAGAGUGCCGUCCAGGCCAUACAACAGCAUCUGCAUGCGCAGCACAGCAGCAGCAACGAUGUCAGCAACACGGCGCCCAGCGUCGAGGAGGCCAGCUCACGCUUUGGCGUCUCGCUGCGCAAACGUGAACCAUCCACAGACUCGUGCAGUUCGCUCGGCACGCCACCCGAUGCGGCACCAACUGCUGUUGCUGCAGCUGCAUCGACGCUGCCGCUGCCCGAGAAGUCGCUCAAUCUGAAGGAGAAACUCAUCACCGAAAUCAAGGCGGCCAACAAGCCAGCCGAAUUAUCUUCAUCCCUCGGCUAUGCCAAUGGCAGUGCUUCAACUGCAGCGCCGCUAGUUGUUGAUCCUGUGUCGCAACUGGUCACCGAGUUGGCCGAGAGCAUGAAUCUGCCAAAGCAGAAUCUGCCGACAAAGCUGACAAAUGGCAACAGUCAGAGCAGCAACAUUAACACCAACAACGCCAACAGCAACAACAACUUUAAGGCACAGCUCAAGAAAGUGGAGCCAAAGAAAUUGAAUGCGCCGCUGCCAAAGGCCGAGCAGCCCUCGAACAUCAUAGACUUUAAGGCACAUCUGCGUAAAGUGGACAAGGAACAGCAGCCACAGCCAGCCCAGCAGCAGCAGCAGCAGCAACCAACACCUCCCAGCAAUGCCAAUGCGAAUGCCAAUUGCAACAACAAGUUUAGCAGCGCAACAGCAGCAGCAGCUGCAAAUCAAAAGACUGAAAUCAAAAUCGAUGUGAGCAACUCAAAUGCCGAAACAACAGAUGAAACAACUGUAACAGCAACCACAGCGGGAGAUGCACAGCAGCAACAGCAGCAGCAGGGCAAGCGACGUAGCACAGGUAGUAUUAAUAGCUUAAAGAAACUUUGGGAGCAGCCGCCGCCUGGCGGUGAUUAUGCCAGCACCACAAUUCCAUCACAACCAACGCAACAGUCCAACACGUCGACAACCAUGGCCAGCAAUGGUCAUGGCCAAUUGUCGCCCAAAUAUGGCCUGAAAGCUGUUAAGCAGCAAUUUGGCAAUAAACCGCCACCAGCGGCACCGCCACCACCGCCCCCCAUUAGCACCACUCAGACCAGCACCACAUGUCCUCCGUCAGCACAGCCCAACAAGCAAGCUCCAGUUCCAGUUCCAGCUCAUGCAGCAGUAGCAACCAAAAUACCCACAACAACAACUGCAAUAAAAACAUCUCUUUCAACGCAACUCUUCACAGAUGCCGAGGGCAGCAGCAGCAACAACAGCGACGAGCAGCAGCAGCAGCAGCACACCAACGAUGGAGCUGAGAACAUGACGCAGUCGCUCUACACCAGCAACGAUCAGCAGCAGCAGCAUCAUCAAUUCAACAACUCCAAUUCGAACAGUCAGCCGGGCAAGUUGAGCAGCAUUGUGACGAGCAACAGCCAGAGCAAACCUGCGGUGCCUCAUAAGCCCACCAAACUCACCAUCUAUGCCACGCCCAUUGCCAAAAUAGCCGGUGUUGGUGUGGGCGGUGGGGAUAACAUAAACUCUACGCAAAUCAGCAGGGAGAGCAUUCUCGAGUUGGUGACACUGUUGGAGGGUUCGCUCAAGCAUCCGGUGAACGCCAUCUCGGCAUCGCAGUGGCUGCAGCUUAGCGACAAGCUGAAUAUAUUGCAGAAUUCGUGUGUGGUGUUUGCGGAGAACGAAUCGAUGCCGCCGCAUUCGAAAUUCCAUUUCCGUGAGCUGGUGACGCGUGUGGAGACGCAAUCGCAGCAUUUGCGCAGUGCGGGCAGCAAGAAUGUGCAGGACAAUGAGCGGCUGGUGGGCGAGGUCGGGCAGUCGCUGAAGCAGAUCUCGAAUGCGUUGCAUAGGUAAAUGAUAAGAACGGGGAUGGAUAUGCAGCGGAGCGAUGCGAAGCAGGACAACAACGGCGCCGCCAUUUGGCUGGACGCCGAGGGCAAUUUUAUCAAACGCAAGCAGCAGCAGCAUCCACAGUGAUAUAUGUGCGUGUCGUUGUGUGUGACACCACAUCGCUCCCAUUCAUCCCCCCUUUUAGGAGUAGUGCCCAACAAGCAAGAACAUCAACAACAACGAACGAACUGAUGACAGAAUUGAGGACGGAAUAACACGUUAAGAACUUCAAGCCCAGCGAAGAAGCAAUGAAUGAUGAGAGGAAGAAAGAGCAACAACAGCAACAGCAACCUACAACUAUAAUUAAUUAUUAACUAUAUACAUAUGCAUAUAUAUAAAUAUCGUAGCAAUAUGUACGAUCGAUCAUUGCGUAGUAUCUAUCUUAGUAACCGUAGCGAUUAUACAUACACUAUAUACAUACAUCUAGUCAUAUAUAUCUGAUGCAUCCGCUUAAGUCGAAAGUCGAGGCAAGGCGAGGCGAGUCGAGAUAAUACUUCUUCUAACUGAGUUGCAAAGCAAAAGUUUUCUAUAUAGUAGGCAUUUCUCGAUCUUCAUUUCUUCGCAAUUGUAUUUUUUGCACUUUAAGCUAGAGCUUCGUUUUAUCUACACAGACACAUUUAUUGAAAGACAUACAUAUAAAAACAAACAAACAAACAAAUAACAAAACGAGGAUCAAUGAAAGAACGAGAAUGUGCAUGAUGAUUGAUGAAUGAAAUAUAUAUUCAUAGAAUAUCUCAAUAAUUUAGUAAUUAUACAUAUAUACAUUGCACACACACACAUGCAAAUAUACAUACAUACAUACAUAUAUACUAGUCGGUAAAAGUGUUUUUAGUAUACCUACUUAUACGCAUAUAUAUAGUAUUAUAUAUAUACAUAUAUAUGAUUUCAAACUCACUCUCUACAACGUUUAGACUUUCUUCGUGUUUUAGUACUCGUAAUACCUACAAUUAAAAUUACAAGCAUAUGAUCUAUGUGUACUACGCGGCAUAAAUUAUAAAUGAAAAAAACACAGAAUCGUAGCAAAGCCCAAAGAUAUUAUUAUUAACGACUACUCGAAAAAAAAAAACAAAACGAAAGAAAAUUAUAUAUUGUAUGUAUAUGUUAGUUGCAAAAGACUAAA